AUGCCGCUCAAAAUGGACGAAUAUUACCGUGGGCAGUUAUUUGCGGUAUCAGAGACGAGCAAAAAUGAGACAGGAGGAGGCGAUGGCGUUCAGGUAUUGGAAAAUGACGAUUUUACAAGUACAAUGGUCCGUCCGGGACACUCUAUCACCGGUAUAUACACACACAAAAUCUAUCGUACUAAGUCAAAAUCGCCGUGGGCAUUGCGUAAAAUAUUUCCGGACGCGGCAUUCAUAUUACACGAAGAGUGCUGGAAUGCAUUCCCAUAUUGUAAAACAGUUAUUAAGAAUCCGGAUUUUAUGAAGGAUGCUUUUUACAUCAAUAUUGAAUCGAUGCAUCUUCCAGAUAAAGGCCAUACCGAAAAUGCAUUGGAUUUGAACCCGGCAUUACUAAAGAAGCGAGAGGUAAUGGUUAUUGAUAUCUAUGAUGACAGCCUGUUGAAAAAAACGGAUAUCACACCUGAAACAGAUGUACAUGAAUUUGAAUCUAAGAAAACUGGCCGUGGAAAAUUGCCGAAGGAUUGGAUUGAAACAACCAAACCGGUGAUGUGUUGUUACAAAGUAGUACAAGUAUAUUUUAAAAUGUUCGGAUUUCAAACAAUGGUGGAGCACAUUCUUCAGAGACAGUACCCACGAAUAUUUGCCAAAUUCAAUCGGGAGCUAUACUGCUGGACCGACCGAUGGUACGAUAUGACGAUUGAAGAUAUCAAGAAGAUGGAGAAAGAAACGGUGGAGGAAUUGAAAAAACAGAUUGCGGAGCCGGUGAAACGUGGCAUUGUGUGCGAUGUGGAUGACAAGGGAACAUCUUAA